AGAGAGAGAGAGAGAGAGAGAGAGAGAGAGAGAGAGAGAGAGAAGCCAUGGCGGGUCAUCAUUCAUCAUCUUCUUCUUCGAGUCCAUCAGUGCUUUCGUUCAAGUGCCUGCUCGUGCUGACAGCAGCAUUCAUGGCCUCGGCGCUGCCCACGGAGGCGGGUCUUGGCCACGGUGAGCAAGAAGCGGACCGGGUGUACCAGCUGCCCGGCCAGCCAGAGGUGAAGUUCAGGCAGUACGCGGGGUACGUGACGGUCAACGAGACGCACGGGCGAGCCCUGUUCUAUUGGUUCUUCGAAGCCACGGAAAAACCACAGGACAAGCCUCUCCUUCUUUGGCUCAAUGGAGGUCCUGGCUGUUCAUCGAUUGGCUAUGGACAAUCAGAGGAAUUAGGACCUUUCUUCCCUCAGAAGGACCAAGCAAAGCUGAAGUUCAAUCGUUACACUUGGAACAAAGCUGCAAAUCUGUUAUUUUUAGAAUCGCCCGUCGGGGUGGGAUUUUCCUACACUAAUACAAGUAGCGACAUCGGUCAGCUCGGAGACACCAUUACAGCUAAGGACUCGUACGCAUUUCUGGUGAACUGGUUUAGAAGAUUUCCACAAUUCAAGUCCCACGCCUUCUACAUCGCAGGAGAGAGCUAUGCAGGACACUAUGUUCCACAGCUUUCGGAGCUUAUUCUCGACAGCCAUAAGAAGGUUUCGAAGGAAGACUACAUUAACCUCAAGGGCCUAAUGAUCGGUAACUCACUGCUGGACGACGACACGGACCAAAGGGGGAUGAUCGACUACGCGUGGGAUCACGCGGUCAUAUCCGAUCACCUGUAUCGCGACAUCAAGGCGACGUGCGAUUUUAGCCUGGAGCAGUUGACCACGACCUGCAAUGGGAACCUCAAUAAGUACUUCGCCGUUUAUAAGAUCAUUGACAUGUACAGCUUAUACACUCCCAAGUGCGUGAAUAGUAACUUCAGCAGCAAUGCCCGCCAACGUUCGGUCAUUGACGGCGUUGCGCCCCGGUUGCUCUCUAAAUUCGCCGGAUGGCACCAGAGACCGGCCGGUUACGACCCGUGCGCAUCAGACUACACCGAGGUGUAUUUCAACAGACCUGACGUUCAAGAAGCGAUGCAUGCGAACGUCACCAAGAUUCCAUAUCCAUGGACUCACUGCAACAAUAACAUCACGUCCUGGGCGGACGCGCCGGCGUCGAUCCUUCCCAUAAUAAGGAAGCUCAUACGAGGAGGCUUGCGCGUGUGGGUGUACAGUGGCGACACCGAUGGGAGAAUCCCGGUGACGGCAACAAGAUACACACUGAGGAAACUCGGCCUUGAUAUCGUUCAGGAUUGGACUCCUUGGUACAGCAAUCAACAGGUGGGCGGAUGGACGGUUGACUACGAUGGGUUGACUUUCGUGACCGUGAGAGGCGCGGGUCACCAAGUCCCAACUUUUGCUCCCAAGAGAUCCCUUCAACUGGUCAAGCACUUCUUGGCCAAUGAGAAAUUGCCAUCUGGACCAUUCUAGAAAACCUAUCUUCAUUUUUAUUUUUUUUAUCUUUUUUGGUGGAUUUGAAUUUGGCAUUUUUCUUUUUCUUUCUGCCCUUUUGCUUAUUUCCCUUACAUUAGGAGUAAAUAAAAAAAAGGGGGUCAAAUAGACUGUCAAAAGUCAUCAUAUAGGAUCAUUCACAGGAAUUUACAGCAGUCUAGGGAAAAGUGGCCCUUUUCCACUUUUGUACACCAUUGAUUUGAUUGUGGGCGACUGGGAAUCUCUGAGGAACUUGGCAAGCUUGAAGGUUUGAAAUGCUUCGGUGUAAUUCUUGUAAAAGCAUCUUUUAUUAUAUUUAAAAAUAUCUAAUCGUCUGUCAUGAUAUGAAUUUUGAAAUAAAUAUUUGUACUAUUUCUCUUCA